GUGCGGCUCCUACUAAACGGAAGGGGCCGGGAGAGGCCGCGUUCAGUCGGAUCCCGGUAGCAGCUGCGGCGGCUUAGUUCUUCUGUAGCUCUCCCCGUCUCCCUUUCGCUUCCGGAAACAUGGCCUCUGGUGUGGCUGUCUCUGAUGGUGUCAUCAAGGUGUUCAAUGACAUGAAAGUGCGCAAGUCUUCGACGCCAGAAGAAGUGAAGAAACGCAAGAAGGCGGUGCUCUUCUGCCUGAGUGAGGAUAAGAAGAACAUCAUCCUGGAGGAGGGCAAGGAGAUCCUGGUAGGAGAUGUGGGGCAGACCGUGGACGAUCCCUACACCACCUUUGUCAAGAUGCUGCCAGACAAGGACUGCCGCUACGCUCUCUACGAUGCCACCUAUGAGACCAAGGAGAGCAAGAAGGAGGACCUGGUGUUCAUCUUCUGGGCCCCUGAGAGUGCACCCCUUAAGAGCAAAAUGAUCUACGCCAGCUCCAAGGAUGCCAUCAAGAAGAAGCUGACAGGAAUCAAGCAUGAAUUACAAGCAAACUGCUACGAGGAGGUCAAGGACCGCUGCACCCUGGCAGAGAAACUAGGUGGCAGUGCCGUCAUCUCCCUGGAGGGCAAGCCUUUGUGAGCCGCCUCCAGCCCCCUGCCUGGAGCAUCUAGCAGCCCCAGACCUGC